CCAUCAUCUCCCUCUCACAUACUCGCAUCGGUCCGACGCCACUUGCCUCUCGCAACCCACUGUCUGCUUGUUGUGCUGAAACCGACCGCUUGAACAUGUCGUUUGUGUCCGUGCCCGAGGAUUGUGACUUUUCGUACGAAAACCUGCCGUACGGGAUCUUCUCUACACCGACAAACAAAACACCUCGCCCUGGCGUAGCCAUUGGAGACUACAUCCUUGAUCUAACUGUGGUCAAGCACUUCUUCACUGGGCCCCACUUGAAACAAUCGCAGCAUGUGUUUGAACACAAAACCUUAAAUGAGUUCAUGGCACUGGGCAGACCAGCAUGGGUAGAGGCCAGACAAGUGAUUCAGAAGUUGCUAUCCAAGAACGAGCCAGUCUUGAAAGAUGACAUAGCUCUGAAAGCCAAGGCACUGGUUCCGAUGUCGCAAGCAACAAUGCAUUUGCCAGCACAAAUCGGCGACUACACCGACUUCUACUCGUCUAUGAACCAUGCCACCAACGUUGGCAUAAUGUUUCGUGGCAAAGACAAUCCCCUGUUGCCUAACUGGAAGUACUUGCCUGUUGGGUACCACGGUCGUUCCUCUUCAGUCGUUGUCUCAGGAACUCCGAUACGUCGUCCAAAUGGCCAAACCAGGCCCGAUGACGCCAAGCCUCCUGUGUUCGGACCUUGUCGGCUGAUGGACUUUGAGCUGGAGAUGGCGUUUUUCGUUGGUCCAGCUAAUAAGUUGGGUGAUCCAGUGCCAGUGCAGCAGGCUCAUGACCACAUCUUUGGAAUGGUGCUCAUGAAUGACUGGAGCGCACGCGACUUGCAGAAGUGGGAGUAUGUGCCGCUGGGCCCAUUCACGGCCAAAAACCUGGGCACCACCAUCAGUCCUUGGGUCGUUACCAUGGAAGCACUUGAACCCUUCCUCUGUGCAAAUGUACCACAAGACCCAGCUCCCAUGCCUUACUUAACUCAUUCAGACCACUACAACUAUGAUAUCAACCUUCAGGUGGACAUUAAGCCAAAGGGUGCUGCGGCAGCAACUACUGUGUGCAAGUCCAACUUCAAGUACAUGUAUUGGACCAUGAAACAGCAACUGGCUCACCACACCAUAACUGGUUGCAACCUGAAACCUGGAGACUUGCUGGGUUCUGGAACCAUCAGUGGAUCGACAGAGGACUCCUAUGGUUCGAUGCUUGAGCUAUGCUGGAAGGGAACGAAGCCUGUUCCCCUGAACAACGGAGAAACGAGGACAUUCUUGAAAGACGAGGACGAAGUUAUCCUGAAAGGUUACUGCCAAGGCAAAGGACAUCGGGUGGGAUUCGGAGAAUGCAGGGGUGUCGUGCUGCCAGCACAUCCCCUUUGAGAGCACAAGGAGCACGCAUGCCAAGCAGGGAGUGGGGAGAAUAAACAGUUUUUGCAUUUA